AUGGCGUCUCCAGUCGUGAUUGCGCUUUAUCGGUUUGCUACUACGCUGCAACGCAACGUGGAGGCUGGUAGAACACUGUACGAUGCCGUCCGCUCUGGUGCUGUGGCGUCGUACACCGGUAUCAAGUCUGACUGGCAGCGAGAACGUAUGUUUGUACGACGUUUUGAAGAUAUGGGGGUUUUCAAGCGACAUCAAACGGAGCGACUUUUUGCAAGUAUCGUACGAGCAGCAUUUGCUGUGCCAGUCGAGGACAGAGUGGCGCUAGACGCUCGGAUUGAUGCUGGAUUCGAAGCACUUAAGAGUGUGGACGACCACAAUGCACUAUUGCAGGAGUUUGAAACUCAAGAAGUUUAUAACCCCAAGGUCCGCACUGACAAAAUUAAGUUUCGAAUUGGCGACAUCGUGGAAGUAAAAGGCAACAGUCGUGGAGUCAUUUUUUCGUGGCAUUUGACUACUGAUACACAAAACGAAGCAUGCCCUUGUGUGGCUUAUGACAUAUUACCACACAGUCCGGGUCUGAGUUUUGCUAGCAAACUCUACAAUGUUCCACAAGAUGAACUUCGACGUGAUGAGUCGCAUAAGGCUGUCGUGCAUCCAGCACUUUUGCUUUACUUUGACACUUUCGAUGGUACACAUCACAUACCAUCCAAAUCAAUGGCUGCUCGUUAUCCAAAAGAUUUCAUUUUCAGCUCAAAAGCGAUAAAUGUCGUUGUCACGAUUCCAUCAAUUCUUCAACUUGAAUCUGCAAAUGAAGACAAAUUGCUGAUGUAUUUGCAGUGUAAUGAUAGUACCACCAUUCAAUUGGCUAUAGCUAGUUUAGAAGGCAUUUGGAGUCGAGAAGGUGGAAGCCAAGCACAGAGUGAAGUCCAACGUGCGUUAAUGCUCGUUCAUGACGAAAAGAAAUUCCAUGAAGCUCGUGAGAUACUCCAACAGAUCGUACACGAUUCUCCUUCGUAUGCGUACGCUUGGAACAAACUUGCUAUGAUCGAGUAUAAAUGUGGUCAUUUCGAGAAAGCGCUUGAACAUUACGAGACUGCAGUCAAGUUCAAGCCAGCAUUUAUUGAGGCUCUAGUUGGUCUUGGAACAUGUGGUAUAAGACUUCAACGAUGGACUAUAGUUCAUCAUGCUGCUGUCCAAUUGUUAGAGAUACAACCAAGCAAUGAGACUGCGAAACUGCUUCUUGAACAAGCAAUCUUCGCGACAUUGUAA